AUGAGUAGCACCAUUUGUGCUGAUCAUCACCACCACCAUUACAGUCCUUCCUCCUCUCCCACCGCUAAGAAGCAGCAGCUCUUCAAAGACCUCGACAUCCCUCCUAGAAAACUCCUCCUCACCCUCGCCCACCACUCCACCAGAUCCCCCAAAUACCACCGCGAUUUCGGCGACUCUUUCGACAUGUCGCAUUUCUACAAACACCUUCCGUGCAAUGAAGCUGACAGGCCAGAUCUGGAUCUGGACGAUGGCGACGACGACGAUGAUGGCGACGCCGAUCCUUACUCCUCGGACCACUUCCGCAUGUACGAGUUCAAGGUCCGGCGGUGCACGCGCAGCCGGAGCCACGACUGGACCGACUGCCCCUUCGCCCACCCGGGCGAGAAGGCCCGGCGCCGCGACCCCAGGAAGUUCCACUACACCGGGACCGUCUGCCCGGAGUUCCGCCGCGGCGGAGGGUGCGCCCGGGGAGACAACUGCGAGUUCGCGCACGGGGUGUUCGAGUGCUGGCUCCACCCGUCCCGAUACAGGACGGAGGCCUGUAAGGACGGGAAGGGAUGCAAGCGGAAGGUCUGCUUCUUCGCUCACACUCCCCGCCAGCUCCGCCUCCUACCGGAGAAGCCCUCCCCCGCCUCCGCGGCGGCGGCGGCGGCGAGCGGAGGAGGGAGCUCCUCCUCCGUGGCUUCCUCUCCGACCUCCACUCUGCUCGGCAUGUCCCACCUCUCCCCGCCGCUGUCCCCGUCGAUGUCCUCCUCCUCCCCGCCGAUGUCGCCGGCGGGAAUUCACCACCGCGGCGGCGGCAGCGGAGGAUUCGCUCACCGGCUGAGCAAGUCCCAGUCUCGGCUGGUGAGCUACAAGGACGUUCUCACCGAGCUGAUGUCCUCGCUGGAGGCCAUGAAUUUCAGCGAGGAGGCUGCUGCGGCCGCCGUAGCGGCCGCCGUGUCGUCUCCCCCUUCCGUGAGCUAUGACGGCGGGAGCGGUGGUGGAAGUGGGGAUGAGAAUUACCAUCAUCAAUUGGAUCAGCAGCAGCAGCAGCAGUUCGUUAUGUCGCCGUCGACUCCGAACUACGCUAAUUCCGGGUUCGAUAAGUAUUUGAUUGGUGCGGAUCAACGGCCCAGCAGAUUCCGAGUUCGUGGCUGGUGCGGAGAGGACGAUUGGGAGUAA